AUGAUCAGGACAUCAAUACGUAGGAUUUCAAACAAAGCAAUACCAUAUGAACCAGUACCAAAAAAUAAAUAUAAUCAAGUUAGAUCCCAAUUUAACUUCAAACCAGACCCAACUCCAGGUCUCGUCCAUAACCCACCGGCAGCUAUUGUAAAUCCAUCUAUGCAAAUUCCAAAGAUGUUUCUCCCAGCCAAUGAUCCAAGACGUAAUUUAGAAACCAAACGCGGCUUUUCCAAAGAAAUUAUUGAUCUUAUGCCUAUUGUCGAUGAAGCUAAAUUCGUACCAAGAGCACCAUACACGCAGGAAACUGCGGAACAAAUAAGGGAAUUAAGAGACAGUGACCCAGAUAAUUGGACUCUUCAUAAACUCGCAAGAAGAUUCAAAUUGAAUAUAAGCUCAAUCGGUACUAUUAUCGGUAAGCAGAGAACUUCUGUAAGAAAUCCAGUAAAGGAAAUGUCAGCAAGAUCGUUUGAAAAGGCAAGAAGAGAGAAGUUGUGGCACACUAACCAGUAUUAG